AUGCCCGGUAUUCCCACCGGAAAGCCGAAGCUUCCGGCUCACACAUUUGGGACAAUGAAGAACGCUGCCGGGUUAAUAGCACGAGUGGCUUGUAAUAUACGCACCAGUACUGUGGAUCCUCGUCAACUCAGGGGGGUCACUACGACGUUGGACAACGAACCAAAAUCAUUACUGAGGCGGACUGUACUGAACACAAAUGCUGCAAGCUAUCAAGAAGUUGCCACGAAACAAACGAGUGUUGCCACAUGGGGGCCCAGUGGAUCUAGGCCUGUCAUUCAGCCUUUAUACCCUUCCAAAUUCGUUUUUGGGGGAGAUGCUAAUUGUAUUGUAAUGAGUCCUGUGGAGGGGGUGGAUGCUACAAUGGAGCAGUUGGAAACCACAAUCACACCAAAGUCAGGUAUCCGGGGCCGGUCAUUUGGCGUUACUCAAAAGAAAGACCCAAUCAGCUCCAAUGGGUCCGACAUACGAGCGACCAAAUUGGUAUCCCAAAUCUUUGAGUCUCCGAGUCCAGUACAGGAAGAUUACACAGUGUCCAACAAUAAGAAACCUCAAACUCAGCAUGUCCCAACGAGUAACCUACGAGCUCAUACAGCCCCAUGCAUUAGAAACCCCUCGAUUUCUCUUGUGAAAAGCUUAACGGGCCUGAUCUCGUUGCGGCAGGCUAAGGUGCAUAUUCUAGGAGUUGGAACGAGUUGGGAAGGACAAGGCGACAGAUUUGAGGCUCUUCCAGGGCCCUCUCACGAUAUAGAAUGGCUGAAAAACGCAUUUGCUCACCAGCAAAACUUUUGGUUUAACUCCCUUCUUGACCACAACGUCACUCUAGCGACAAUUCGUCAAUCAUUGGAUAGGAUGUUCUCUGUAGCAGAAGAGAGCGACUUGUUGGCUUUAUAUUUUUCCGGCCAUGGAGGAUACGAUGACCAGUUCGAACUAUAUGAUUCGACUUCACUUGACGAAGUGAUCCUAAACGAAUGGAUCGUCGAAUUUCGCUCCUCAAAUUCUGCACACAAUCCUGUUUACAUCGUUUUUGACUUUUGUCGGCCAGGUCGUGUUAGACCUCAAGCGGAGCUCGCCAGCGACGUCAAAGUCAUUUGGGCUUGCUCUCCCACUCAACCCGCUCUGGAACUAAAGUUGAAGGAUCCUAACAACGCUUUACCACGCUCAUGCUUCCUUUUAUCCUUAAUCCUCGCUAUAGGCGAUGUCUCGGAGGAUCCUACUUUACCAGCACUUGCUAUCGAUGUCGAUGUAGGUUACCAUGGCGUUUUUGUGGAUGCAACUCCUGCGUAG